CGAUUAUCAGCAACAAAUUUUCUUAACGAACACGAUGAAGUGAAUAACAAAAACAAUUAGCUAUUUUUCCAAAUAUUAUAAACAAAGUAUUAGUUUUCGUACCAUAAGUGGAGCAAGUGGACAUUCAAUUAUAUUUACGACUUAAUUUCCCGGGGAGAAAUUAAGACUGAAUUGAACUCCCAAAUGGGAAUAUAUUUGAAGCAAGCAUAAAAUUGAAAAACCUUAAGAUACACAAAGAAAAAAAAUGAAUAUUGGUGUCAAAUAAAAAUUUAUCAAAAGUAAAAUCUAAUACUUUGAUAUUAAAAAGUUCAACGCAUAAAAGGAAAAUUGCUGGAAGUGACUAAGAAAAGUAUAUAUUCGUCGCCAGAAUAAAGGGUGCCAGAAUUAUAGCAACGUUGCUGUAUUACAUUUGUUGUUAUAAAACAGUUAAAGGAUGGUUGAACCUAUUUUCGAUUACCAAUUCAGACUAAUUCUAAUUGGUGAUAGUACAGUGGGCAAGAGUUCACUUUUGAAAUUUUUUACAGAUGGUAAAUUCGCUGAGCUCUCCGACCCCACAGUGGGAGUGGACUUUUUUGCACGUCUGAUGGAAAUGAAAGAUGGAACGCAAAUAAAAUUGCAGUUAUGGGACACAGCUGGCCAAGAACGCUUUCGUUCAAUAACAAAAUCAUACUACAGGAACUCCGUCGGAGUGCUGUUAGUAUAUGACAUCACCAACUACGCUAGCUUCGAACAUAUUCCGCUUUGGAUGAUGGAAGCCCAACGUCAUAUUGAACCACAUCGGCCUGUUUUCGCGCUGGUUGGUUGCAAGUUAGAUCUAGUUAACGCUGGUGGCCGUCGGGAGGUAUCCACUGAGGAAGCACAGACAUUUGCCAAGGAACAUGGACUGCAUUUUGUGGAGACAUCAGCUAGGAAUGGAGUUAAUGUAGAAGAGGCUUUUCGUAUGGUUACACAAGAGGUAUAUACGCGAAUACGUUCUGGAGAAUACAAAGUUGAGGAUGGUUGGGAUGGUAUAAAAACUGGGUUUGCCCGACCAAAUAGUUUAGAUUUUAAUUUGGUUAUGGCUGAGCCGGAAAAGUCAUCUUGCUGCUGAUGUGCCCGAGUCCGAGAGUAUAAAUAUCGCAUAUUUAUUGGAGGAAUAAUUUUAUUUAUGUAAAUUAUUCAAUAAUGACUUUGUAUGCACCUACAUAUUUCAUGCUAUAUUAAGAAGGAGGGGUAUAUAUUCGGAGUUGUGAAACAAAUAAAUUAAUUAUGCAUUAA